CUUACCCACAUUCAACACAACACUUGAAUUCGACGUCAUCCUGCGAUUGAGUCGGCCAUGGCCCUACCAAGCUCCGCCGAGUAACCAGCACUGCAUCAAAGCCUCAGGUGGGCGUCUGACGGUUUCGGGCCGAAGACCUGUGGCACGAACCGCGGAAAAAGUGGGAGGGGAAUAUGGACCUGCUCAGCCUCUCCCGCCUGCCCAAGCGGUCGCUCAGCGCCAUGCCCUCCGAACCAGCCCUGCCGCCCAUCUUCGAGGACCGCUCGGACUGCGAAGCGGACAAGCGCACAUGGCCCCAUAGCCUCUACCGAUGGGGCACCACGGUCGGCUCAGCGGCCCUGGGCCCUUCUUCGCCUCCAGCUGCUGCUGAUGGCUUCAUGGCGCAAGUGGCUCUGCCGCCGAUGCCGUCGCUGCGCCCCUUUCUGUGGGAUGACCCCGGCUACCCCCACUCAAUAGGCCACCACAGUCGACGUCGCGAAGACGGCGUUGGCAGCAGCGCUGGCGCUGGCGGAGGCGGUGGCAGUGCCUGCGCCUGCCUGAGGCGUGCGGCCGCACCUGCUCGCCACGCCAUGCCGGACGCCUCUCCAGCCGCCACAGCCAGUACCACCUUAGACGGCACGGACAGCGGCGGUGGGGGCAGCGGCACUGGCAGUUCCAGUGGACAGCCCCCCAGUAACCUCAGCCGCAGCACCAGCUCGCAUGGCACCCGUGCCAUCGCCUCGGUACUCAAUCACGCCCAGCGCCUGGCGGACGUUCUACGUGCUGAGAACGAAGCGCUGCGGCUGCGCCUGGUGGCGCACCUCCACACACCGCUGGGGGGCCGGGAGGAAACCAUCCAGCACCUCAGCCAUAUGGGGCACUUGGGAGGCGGCGGCGGGCUGCUGGCGGCGGCGGCGGCGAAAGGAGCGCCGUCGGUUGGAGGGCUGCCCCUGACACCUACCGGGGCAGCGGCCGCCGCCGCUGUGGGCGCGGAGUUGCGGUCCACGGUCCCUGAGCAACAUCAUCAUCAGCGGAUGCCGCUCGUGCCAGGAUCGCCAUCCACUGACACAACCGUAGCGGACGCGGCUGCGGCAGUGGUGGUGGCUGAUGAGGCGUCGGAGCCCUGCGGGGAAGGCCUUAUUCGGCCUGGCAACAGCGGCAGCAGCAUUACCAGCAGUGCAAUCAGCAGCAGCAGUGACUGCUGCACCCCCACAACACCAGGCACUACUGCCUGGGGCCACAGCUGCGCUGCUGACAACGGGUUCUUGGCCAGCUGUAGCUGUGGCAAGUGCUCCCGCAACGGCUGUAGCAGUCCUAGCACCGAGGACGGCAGCAGCAACUCUGAGGACACUGCACCCCAAAGGCAACAGGAGCAGCGGUGUAAGGUAAGCUUUGGCCAGCAGCCUUCUGCGGGCAUGUGUGCGGUGAAAGGCGGCACCGUCGCCGCGCCAGCGGCUGCUGCUCUUGUUGCCGGCGGUGCUGGCCCUGCCGAGAUCACUACCGCUGCCGGGCAGCUGAUGAGGUCUCGGCGCUACAGCUGGCGGCGCCUGCAGGAGCUGAGUGGUUGCAACGGACUGCCGCCGCCACCACUAGCUCCGUCCUGCUAGCCCAUCAUGUCAAUUUGGGUGCAGUGGGGAGCGAGCUGGGGGCCUGGAGCAAUUCGUGCUUGAGGCCAUUUUGGGGGGCAAUUGUUGUGAACCUACUGCUGAGAGCGAGCAAACAUAUUGUUGCUCUGUGUGCGUGGCUGGGAACGCAGCGAUGACGAGAGCCGGAUGCCGGACAGUGACAGUCCGCUGGCGAGGGUGGCUAGCUGCCUGAGCAGCUGCUGAAACACGCUAGCUAUUGCUGUUUAUGGUUAAUUAAGCGCGGUCGUAUGCGUGACCGUAGUAACCUACAUACGGCUGAUUGAUGACGCACUUGUUGGUUGCCAUGCGUGUGCGGGAAUGUGCGUCAGGGUCUGCUGGGCGACUUCACGGAUGGCACGCUGCUGUCACUCCACGCAGGAACUCUGCUAUUGCGUCAUACGCACAUUUAUUAUACGGCCUGCACGAUAUGACGAUGGUACUUCAUCUGCUGUAUGGACGCAGAGCCUCAGCGGUUGCUAGCUAGGCUGUUAGCGCAAUGGUCCUGGCGCACUCUACCCUCAUGUGGAGAGGAGGGAUAUAGCUGCUGGCCAUACAUUCUCCACGCACGCCAUCACAGCCCGCGCGCCCAUCCAUGGCACAUGCGCCCGCCGCUGUCUAAGGCACACGCACGCACAGCACAUGCAUGAACGCGAUGACACAGAAGGUGUGUGUGUAUGUGUGUGUGUGUGUGUGUGUGUGUUACAGAGCACGAGGAAAACAGCGCGCAAAGACAGCAUAUGCGAUCCAGCACCGUGACGGCAUACGAAUGUUACCUAAAAUUACCUCGCAUAGGUGUGUGCGUGCGUGCGCGCGCGCGCGUGUGUGUGUGUUAAAAAACGAAACGAAAGCCCGCCCAGACGACGCCGUGUGUGUGUGUGUGUGUGUGUGUAUGUGUGUGUUAAAGAGCACAAUGAAAACGUUGCGCAAAGACAGUGUAUGUGUGUGUGUGUGUGUGUGUGUGUGUGUGUGUGUGUGUGUGUGUGUGUGUGUGUGUGUGUGUGUGUGUGUGUGUGUGUGUGUGUGUGUGUGCGCGCGCGAUGGGACAGUGUCAAGGCAGGUUGGUGAAGUCCCGCAGGGUGCAGCGAAUUCCCAGACCCCAGAAGGGGAACGUGUGCGUGUGUUGUGUGUGCGAUGGGACAGUGUCAAGGCAGGUUGGUGAAGGCCCGCAGGGUGCAACGAAUUCCCAGACCCCAGAAGAGGAAGGUGUGUGUGUGUGUGUGUGUGUGUGUGUGUGUGUGUGUGUGUGUGUGUGUGUGUGUGUGUGUGUGUGUGUGUGUGCGUGUGCGUGUUAUCAUACAUACAUGUCUGCUUUGCAGCAUGGGGCGAUUGCACUGCCCAGUGAAUCCCCCACAUGUGCUCUUGCCUUCACCACGCAUUUUUGGAACUUUGAAGCUGAUGGGCUUCGAGCGGCCGACCAAGCUGCAGCGGCCGCCAUGGCCGCCGGCGGCGGCGGGGCCGGGCUGAGAGCCUGAACGGCGCUAGCAGGGCGUGGGGCUGAGGGUGCACGUGUUGAUUGGCGGCGAGUGACGUGACUAGUUUGUUAGCUGCGGGUUAGCACGGACUGUGCACCCCACCCAACCGGCCACGUCCGGAUUUGCGGGGAUGCCAAAGGCCCCCAACAUAGAGGCGUGUGCUUAGUAGGCGCCCGCGUCAAGGUGGCUGGGUUGAUAACGAUCCGGGAUCAGCCCUUUUCCUGCCAUAAGGCAGCCACCUCCUUGUUGGAACUUUAGUUCAUGGUGCUGCGGGCAUAAGGGAGUAUGCAGUAGCAUGCAGGCAGGCACAGACAGGGGCAAUAAUCCUAUGGGGCUUCGCAGCAGGCCCGACGGAAAGCGGGAUGCUGGCGAAGGGCACCAGCACGCAGGUUGCAGGCGCAUAAACAGCUCUCAUUGAGCCGCACAUUCAGCGAUGCGGGAACCCAAGUUGCUCAUGCCUGCUCUAAGCUGUUUUCCGGUAUUUUCGGGGUGGGCGGCCAGCCGGCCGCCGGCCGACGACAUGGGAUGCUGCAGCCUUGCAGGAACGGGGCAGGCGGCUCAGUUUCGUAGCCUUGUGGGAAUUGGGCGUGUCCGCGCCCUGAGGUGGUGUGGCGGUAGGUGGCGCUAUGCGGAAAUCUCGUGGCAAGGCAGUUGGGCGACAUGGGUCAUUGAAGUGCAACCAUAGGGUGCGGGGACGAUGGGAGAUGAAGAGGCGGGGCCCGGAGAGCGGAAGCAAGCGCAACUUCACAUGAGCUUACAGCUAUGGGCAAUAAUCCAUUUCAAACAAUGGCCCAGCAUCCACCUCAGAUGCGGCCGUACUUGGGCGGGCCGCAUCGAUUGGCCGCGCUCAGCAGAGGCGCAGGGCGAUCGACGGGCGAGCUCAGUAGGUGCGAGCACGGUUCGUGUCGUCCCCAGAUAGGUCCUGCCAUACAGGUCGUCGACCAAAACGCAAACCGUAAUCUUUGGCAUGUAAUAUCGCCAUUUG